AUGGAGGUAAGCCAGGUGGCAUCUGGUACCGACAGGGUCCGGGAACAGAGGGGCUUGUUGGAAGCUGGAAGGAAGAACCAAGAUGAGCCACCUCCACCUGGGAUGAACGGACUUCCGAAACACUCCUACUGGCUGGAUCUCUGGCUCUUCAUCCUUUUCGACCUGGUGUUGUUCCUCUUCGUGUACCUCUUGCCCUGACUGGUUUGCUGAGAGUCAAGAAUGGGGCUUCUGGAGUGAAUCUUGAAAACUACUAUAGACUCUUGAAUGAAGAGCACUUCCAGCAGCU